UAUAACUUUAUUCAUAAAAUUGACGUGGCAAUGACUCACAUCUACACAUCUUUUUUAAUUGGUUAAAGCGGGCAGCGUAUCCAGCUGGAGACAUAUAAGAACAUCCACCUCCCAAUCGGAUCCAUUCCUCCCCGUAAUUCACACAUGGACCCUACCGUCGCUCCGCCGCAACGGCUUUCCUCCGCCACCCUCAACCACCUCCAUUCCAAUGACUUCUCCCCUCGAUCCCGCAACACCGAUUCAUGGGGGGAAGACAAUUCCAUAUAUCCAUCUAAUCAUGGUUCUUCGGCGGCGGCGGCGGCGGCAGUUGGUUCAGUUAAGCUCCGGUUGAUGUGCAGCAGCGGCGGACAUAUUGUCCCUCGUCCCCACGAUAAAACUCUCUGCUACGUUGGUGGAGAGACGCGUAUGGUGGUGGUAGACCGUCAUACUACUCUACUAGACCUCACUAACCGCCUCUCCAAAACCCUACUCCGAUCAUCGUCUUCAUCAACGCCGACUCCCAUGGCGUCCACAUCGUUUACUCUCAAAUACCAGCUUCCUUCUGAAGACCUUGAUUCGUUGAUCUCUGUCACCACCGAUGAAGACCUCGAAAACAUGAUUGAGGAAUACGAAAGAUUGAAUUCAUCCUCCGCCGGGAGUAAAUCCUCACGGCUUCGUUUAUUCCUUUUUCCGACGAAACUUGAAUCCGUUUCCUCAAUCACGUCGUUUCUGGAGAACACAACUAAAUCGGAAGAUUGGUUUCUUAGCGCGCUAAAUGGUACCGAUUCAGGGUUUUCCGAUACUUCAUCGGUUAACUACUUGUUAGGUCUGGAUGAUGAGAUCUCUCUCCAUGAGAAAAAGGAUGUUAAUCACAAAAGUGCCAUCGCUACAAACCUCAGAGGUAACAAUUCGGGUCAGGAUGUUCAUUCCAUACCCGAUUCUCCGAUGAUGGAAACAACCUCAUCGUUUGGGUCGGCAUCGUCCACUCCGUCGCUUCCUAACUUGCCGCCGAUCCAAUUAAACGUCGAUGAUCAUCCUAAGGUUGUAGGAGGAGGAAUCGAAGAGCAAUUUUCUCAGAUGACUGUACAGCAACGACAUCAUAAGCAACAAAACGAUGCGGGCUUCAUCCCUGCGGCGACUCCAGUGGUGGUUUCAGGUUCUCCGAUGAUUUCUGCGACGGCGAUCCCAGAACAGUCUGAUCCCUUCUCAUCCUAUCAAGGUUUACAUAGGGCUUAUCAAAAGGAUGAACAACAAUUUCAGCAAAAACAAUCUACGGGAUUUGAUUUUGCUUCUUCGGAUUCAGUUUUAAGCGAUCAGUUAACGCCAAUUCUUAAAAUCCAAUCUUCUGGUAACACUAAUCGAUCUACUGAUCAAAACGAAACCCCUGAUCAAAACACGAGAAUUCAGAUCCAGCAACAACAAAUUCAAAAUUCUCCUUAUUUAUUGUCGAUGCCAACAACCCAACAACUCCAAUUUAUUCAUACUGCUGCUCCACCACCACAAUACAUCCACCACCACCACCACCCUUCUCCGGCGGUGGUUCCGGUAGCACCUUACUACCAGAUGUACCAGUCUCAGGGCCACCACCAUCCUCAAAAUCCGGCAAUGGGUCAGCAGAAUUUCGUGUAUUUAAUGCCCCACCAAGGGUACAACUUCCCAUUGCAGCAACAACAACAACCAAGUGAUUCAGAUUCUCCCCGGAAAAAUCAAGCUGCUCCAAAAACUGAAUUUCCGGCAGGUGUUUACAGAAGAACAAAUUCAGGUACUCCACAGCUGAUGCGGGUCCCAUCCGGUAAUCAAUAUGGUGGUGGAGGUAAUUAUGCUUAUGAAGGACAACAGUUACAGCAGCAUAUAUACUAUGGAAAACAGGCUAUGCCUCCUCAAACAGCUGCACAAUAUCAAACAAUCACAUCGACUGCAGAGCCAUGAGAUUUGAGAGCUGAGUUUAUUGGAAAAUUUUGCAGCAAAUUGUGACUUGUUUAUUUCUAUUUUCGUGUAUUAUAUUGUAUGUAUUAUAUUGUAUGAAUGUUAUUAUUAUUAGUAUUGGUUUGUGGUAUAUGUAUUUUGUGAAAAAGUUCACACUUUUUUCUUGUUUAAAUUGUGUAUACUACCAUAAUAUAUAUAAUUAUAUAUAGAGGUGCUACUUACUACUUA